AUGUCUCAGUCACCGUCUAUAUGGGUCAUCCCUGCCGAGGUUGACGACUCCAGCCACGGAUCAUUGAGUUCGCGCGUGACUCAACUCAGUGAGCAUCUGGUUAAUUCUACAGACGUAUGGGUGUUUGAUACAAGCCCGUUCCCUUCGUCGCCAGUACGCUCUCGCGAGCGCCAAGUAGCCGUCGAACCCACCACGUGUCGUUCGACCUACGAUCGACUAACUCCUCCGUCACCGGUACGCUCUUAUGAGCGCCAAGUACCCAUUGACACAUAUACAGACCGUCCACCAGAUGAACGGUCUCAUACCUUGUUGCCGGUAUGCCCAUCUGGGCACCAAGUAUCCAUCAACCCAGCCUCUGGUAGCUCCCUCAAGGAGCUGGAACAUCACUCGUUGCCGGUACACCCAAUUGGGUGCCAAGUACCCAUCAACCAAUUCUCAGGAAGCUCCCUCAAGGAGUCGCUACCUCACUCGCUACUGGUACGCUCCCUCGAGUGCCAAGUACCCGCUAGCCCUAUGUCCUUGACUAGUCCUGCUCUGGACAUUCUCUCAACCUGUGAUCCUAUAUACCUGCGCAUGGUACGCUCACAUAACGAGUGCCAAGUAUCCAUCGUAACAGACUCCCAUUCACCGCGAGGUCUCAGCUUUCUGUCAAAAGCUCCAUGGCCAUCGGACAAUUCUAAUUACAUGACUAAACCGCCCUACAUACAUGAGGUGGACGAUUCUAAGUCGUCUAUAAGGACGGAAAGAAGUCGGUUGCCCUUAACCCAUUUCUUUAACAGUGGUGCCCCAACCCCAGUGCGACUAGAUCGCACCAUGCCACUAAGGACGCCAGCUCAAUCGACGCACAACCAUGAUACCCUGGCGUCAUCCACACAAGACACCCUCUCCUACCAGGUACCCGACUCCGCAGCGACAUCUUCCCAUGGGGUGAUAGAGUUCGAGGGUGGAGUUUUCAACGAUCCCGAUGCCCCUAUGCCCAAAAUCCGUAAUUGGAGGAGAAUCAUGCCAGCCCGGCUCGAAAGAGAACUCGUCCCUGAUGACGGUGCUAAGCCAACACUGCGAUACCGACUUGUGCCCCUAGAUCGACUAGGAUUGACUGAUAUGUUCUCGAAGAUUUCAGUGUUCACACGUCUGGCUGCUGCCACCAAAUUCACCACAGGCGAAUUCGUCAUAGACCCGCGUGGUGAUUUCUCACUCAUGCUGGCUGAGAAGGGCUGGGCAUCACAGAAGGAAUUCGAUAUCGUAUGGCACUUCCUUGACCAACAGCUCAACGCCUUCGAGAAGCACUUCAAUUCCAUAAAAAGGGCUGUUGACCCUUCACGAGAGUUUGACGAAUCGAGGCUAGGCGGUUUCAGGCUGGCCAGUGUGCCACACACCACUUUCACUGACCCGGAAUCGGUCGAAAGGGCAUGGUCUGCAGAGAUUAGGCCUACCCACGAGUCGACCCGCGAGACGUUGGGUUGGGAAUUAAACAGUCAGCGCGAACCAGCAGUCGACGAAGUCACCUUCAUACAUCAACGCCAGCAGCUGCCAAUAGAGCUCCCUGUUCCCCGGCCCAGCAUAAACGUCGCUGCAGCGAUGUUACAAAGGGAUGAAGGGACCGUACCAAUAACGGACUGUCCACGUGAAUCCUAUACGCUGUUAGAACCGGCGGGAACAGACGACUCCGGAGUGGAAUCGGAGACUUAG